UUGUUCAGUUGCCUCUCCGUUGGCGCUCUUUUCCCAUUCAAAUUACAAAUGUCAAAGAAAAUUUGCACGAAAUUCGUCCAGAAAAUGGAUUUGGAGGACACUCCUCGUACCGUUGUAGUCACAACCUCGAGAAUUUAUUCGGACGUAUUCACCAGCAAACCGUCUUCAUACUUCGAAUACGACUCCUACAACCCCCCGACGGACGACAUUAACAACUACAGCCUCGUCCGAAAGAUCGGCCAGGGCAAAUACAGCCUCGUCUUCGAGGGUGUCCACGAUGCAAAGAACGAAACCGUGGUAGUAAAAAUGCUGAAGCCAAUAAAGAAACCCAAAAUCAAACGAGAGAUAAAAAUCCUGGAACACCUGAAAAACGGCCCGAACAUCAUCAACUUGUUCGCUACAGUGACCGUGCCCACCACCGGGCUCCACGCGCUCAUUUUCGAAGCCACUUCCAACAAUGAAGACUUCAAAGAAGUCUACUUGAAGCUGAACGACGCCGACAUCCGCUACUACAUCUACGAAAUCCUGAAAGCCCUGGAUUACUGUCACAGUAAAGGGAUCAUGCACCGGGACGUCAAGCCCCACAACAUCAUCAUCGACCGGAAAAACCGCAAAAUAAGACUGAUUGAUUUCGGUUUAGCGGAGUUCUACCGGCCCGGGGAGCGCUACAACGUCCGGGUGGCGUCGCGCCACUACAAGGGCCCGGAGCUCCUCGUCGAGUACGGCUACUACGACUACUCGCUCGACUUGUGGUCCCUGGGGUGCGUCUUCGCCGCCAUGAUUUUCCGCAAAGAGCCCUUCUUUCAGGGGUUUGACAACAGGAACCAGCUGUACUGCAUCGUCAAGGUGCUGGGGACCACGAAAUUCUACACCUACUUGAGCAAAUACAACAUUACUUUGGAGAAUAGCUUGCAGGAGACGCUGGGGAUUCAUUCGAAGAAGCCGUGGCAGAGGUUUGUCAACACCGAGAACGAGCACCUGGUGAACCACAACGCCUUUGACUUUUUGGACGCGCUGUUGUGUUAUGACCACCUGGAGCGGUGUACGGCGCACGAGGCGCUCACGCACAAGUACUUCGGGCCAGUCAAGUCCUCAAACACUUUGCCGGUUUUUUAA